GUUGCUGGAGUGCGGCGCCGCCGCGGGAGCCGGAGAGCCAGCUGGCGGGCGGGCUGGAGAGGGGGUGGCGGGGAGGGCGAGGCGGCUGCGGGGCGCAGGGCGCAGGGCAGUGGUCUGCAGGGCUUCAGCCUCCCGAGGGCCAGCCUCGCCGAGCCCGGAGCUGGGUCUGAACCCCGCGCACACCAAAGACGAGGCGGCUGUGGCGGCAGCGGCGGCCCCAGCCAUGCUGUGCUAUGUGACGAGGCCGGACGCGGUGCUGAUGGAGGUGGAGGUGGAGGCGAAAGCCAACGGCGAGGACUGCCUCAACCAGGUGUGCAGGCGAUUGGGAAUUAUAGAAGUUGAUUAUUUUGGACUGCAGUUUACGGGUAGCAAAGGUGAAAGUUUAUGGCUAAAUCUGAGAAAUCGGAUCUCCCAGCAGAUGGAUGGGCUAGCCCCUUACCGGCUUAAACUGAGAGUCAAGUUCUUCGUGGAGCCUCAUCUCAUCUUACAGGAGCAGACUAGGCAUAUCUUUUUCUUGCAUAUCAAGGAGGCCCUCCUGGCAGGCCACCUCCAGUGUUCACCAGAGCAAGCGGUGGAACUCAGUGCCCUCCUGGCGCAGACCAAGUUUGGGGACUACAGCCAGAACACUGCCAAGUACAGCUCUGAGGGGCUGUGUGCCAAGGAGCUCUCCAGUGCCGCCUUGAGCAGCAUUGUGGCAAAGCAUAAGGAGUUGGAGGGGACCAGCCAGGCUUCGGCUGAAUACCAAGUUUUGCAGAUUGUGUCGGCAAUGGAAAACUACGGCACAGAAUGGCAUUCUGUGAGGGACAGCGAAGGGCAGAAACUCCUCAUUGGGGUUGGACCUGAAGGAAUCUCAAUUUGUAAAGAUGACUUCAGCCCAAUUAAUAGGAUCGCUUACCCUGUCGUGCAGAUGGCUACCCAGUCAGGGAAGAACGUGUACCUCACCGUCACCAAGGAGUCUGGGAACAGCAUCGUGCUCCUGUUCAAGAUGAUCAGCACCAGGGCAGCCAGCGGGCUCUACCGAGCCAUCACCGAGACGCAUGCUUUUUACAGGUGCGACACGGUGACCAGUGCCGUCAUGAUGCAGUACAGCCGAGACCUGAAGGGCCACUUGGCUUCUCUGUUUCUGAACGAAAACAUCAACCUGGGCAAGAAGUAUGUCUUCGAUAUUAAAAGAACCUCCAAGGAGGCGUAUGACCACGCCAGGAGGGCUCUGUACAACGCGGGUGUGGUGGAUCUCGUGCCGAGAAGCGACCCCAGCCCCCCAAACUCUCCCCUGAAGUCCUCGGAGAGCAGCAUGAGCUGCGGCAGCUGCGAGGGCCUUGGCUGCCAGCAGACCCGGGCCCUCCAGGAGAAGCUGCGCAAGCUCAAGGAGGCCAUGCUGUGCGUGCUGUGCUGCGAGGGUGAGAUCAACUCAGCCUUCUGCCCCUGCGGCCACACUGUGUGCUGCGAGGGCUGCGCCACCCAGCUCCAGUCCUGUCCUGUCUGCAGGUCACGGGUGGACCACGUCCAGCACGUCUACCUGCCGACCCACACCAGUCUUCUCAACCUGACUGUGAUCUGAUCUGCUGUGUACUUACCGGACAUGCCAUGUCUCCAUGAACUGCACUAGUAUAAACUAUAAACAUGAUAGAUUGUGGAGAGAAUAAAUACUCCAACGCCCAUCUGCCAUGCAACGUUUAGGGGAAAAAAAAAAAGAAGAAUAGAAACAGUAUGACUACUCCUCACCGCCAAAAUGUACCAUGCGUAGAAUCAGCACCUCCGGGUUGGUGACCAGGAAGAGCUCUGGGACCCAGACACAUUCCUUGGACUUUUCUUCUUUUUAUGAUCAAGUAAAGAAAUCAGGAAGAUCUUUGACGUCAGUUAAGUGGCAGCAUAGCCCAAAAGUGAGUACCUUUUAGAAAAUGAUGUUUAAGUCUCCCUAACGUAUCCCAAGGUAAGUUUCCUACUUGCAGCCAAUUUUGUAAGAAUUCAUUUUAAGGAUUUACUUGGUUGUUUUUGUACGGGUCACAGAGCUCUGGACAUUUUUAAUAGGAAAAUUUUUCUUAAAGAGAUAGUUGUCAUUUUAAUGUCAUUUCUGUUUUUCUAACUUGUUCAAGAAAGAUUGGGGGGCAAACAUAUUUAAACAUCGAUUCGGGGACUUUUUUAGAGUGGACACAAAGUUGUCAGAUUUAAACCAGUCUGACCAGUGGAAAACAGAUCACUCCACCUGGAUGGUGUCCUAUUCUUUCCCCCUCCCCCUCUCCUUACCCUGUCCCCAAGCCUUUCAAUUAUAAAAUGCUACCAGUCUGGUUAGACGAUUUCUGUGGAGUAGUCAGCACUCCUUGGGCCUCUUGAGUUGGUGGAAUAUUUUAAGAUUGAAAAGGGAGCACAUGUUCCUUGGAAGGAAGAGCAUUGCUCGCUGAGAUGAAGCUUCACCGUGUACAAAGUAGGGGUGGUUCGUGAGUUCUCCGACGCACCCUGCUCCAGCUUCAACCGGUGGGGUUGCUUUUGCUUGAGCCAUCAAGCCUUUUACAGCCUUAUCGUAGAUAUCCGAGAUAUUGUAAGCUUUUUUUUUGGUAGUAAAUGCUUAAGUGUAUUAACUUUUUGUUGUCCCUCUAUAUGUUUUAGAGGGGUUUCGGGGGUUUUUUGUUUCUGUAUUCUUAAUCAUGUUUUCCACUCCCACUUGGGCAUUUUGGAACCUGGUCAGCUUGUUGGUUUUCUAGGAUGUCUGGAACCUGGAUGACCUUAUUGGGUGCAAUACUAGCUAAGUUAAAGCUAGAAACCUACACUGUCACUUUACUGAGAUUUCUGAGUAUACUUUUCAUAUUGCCUUAAUGUAGCAGUAAUGUGUUUAUGCAUUUGUUUCUUUGCACAGACAUUUUGUCAGAUAUUAAAACUCUACUUUUUUAUGGCACAUAUUAGCAUAUAAGCCUUUAUUCCAAGAGGUAUUUAUUUUUUCACUUGUAAAAAAGUAAUGUUUCACAUAUAAAGAACUCUGUUAUAUCUUAAAGGAUUUCUGUCUUUUAUAUUCAGGAUAAUAAAGAUGUUAAAGCAAA